CGACCGCCGCCAGUCAGACAAUGUCAAUGAUCGCACAGAGGGCACUGAGGUCGCCGGUGCUUCGGCAGCCCGGCCUGCGCGCCUUUUCCGGCCUAUCGCGCGAUGCGCAGCCCCCCGCGCCCCGCGGAUGGACGCCGACGCCCUUUGUCACGGAGACGGUCGGUGGUGGCUGGCACACCUAUGACAUCUACUCGCGGUUAUUGAAGGAGCGCAUUGUCUGCUUGAACGGCCAAGUGGAUGAAACGUUAUCUGCAAACAUCGUAGCUCAACUGCUCUUCCUAGAAGCCGACAACCCGGAGAAGCCGAUUAACCUCUACAUCAAUUCCCCCGGUGGCUCAGUUACAGCAGGUCUCGCUAUCUACGACACCAUGACCUAUAUCCGCUCUCCUGUCACAACCAUCUGUAUAGGCCAGGCAGCAAGCAUGGGUUCUCUCUUGCUCUGUGGUGGAGCUGCUGGCCACCGCUUCUGCCUUCCUCACAGCUCCGUCAUGGUGCAUCAGCCCAGCGGCGGCUACUUUGGACAAGCUUCCGACAUUGCGAUUCACGCAAAGGAGAUUCUGCGCGUCAGGACGCAGUUGAACAAGAUAUACCAGAGGCAUAUGACGAAGCCGCAUACGCUGGAGCAGAUUGAGAAAUUGAUGGAGCGUGACUAUUUCAUGGCGGCAGAGGAGGCUAAGGAUUUGGGCAUAAUUGACAAGAUCCUGGAACGGAGAGACACGGAGGAGAAGAAGGAGGAUAGCUAGGGAGGACUUGAAAGUUGCCAUAUACCAAUUGAAUCAGUAAAUAGGUAUUCGUGCUUGGUACUGUAGGUAUGAC